CGCUCCAUUCGCAUUGGAGAGGUCCCGGGUUCGAUUCCCGGCGAGUCCACUUUUUGCUUUACACCCACAUACCAGGUACUUCAAUGAUAUUGUCAAAAAACAAAGUGUCUUCAACGAUUAAUCCUCGAUGGUCUAACGGUCAUGAUUUCCGCUUGUCAAUCCCGAUCGGGAACAAGCGCGGGAGACCUGGGUUCGACUCCCAGUCGGGGAGAUUUCUUUUUGUCUUUACAUUUGUUUUGUCCUUCUGCCCAUGCCGCUCUUCUUUUUAUCCCCGGUGUGACUUUUAUGAGUCAAAAUGAGUGCACCUAGAAAGGAGAGGAACCCCUAAAAUGUGCCCGCAAUUAUGUCCGAGUACGAGGAUCCAGCCUAGUGUUG